AUCAAAAUCUCGAAGAUAAUGAUCAUAGUGAUCAUCUUGGUCCUGUUGGAGAAAAUGUUGAACUAAAUGGUUCCAAAGAACCUUUAGAUCAAGAUCUCGAAGAUAAUGAUCAUAGUGAUCAUUGUGACAAUUAUCAUAAUGAUCCUACUAUUAGUCCUGUAACAGGGAGGGAUUUUAACCUUCGUAAAAGGGAACGAAUAGACUAUAAUGUUGGUUCAACUAGAAAACAUCCUAAACAUAAGCAUUCUAUACAAUUGGUAUCACCUCCACGUUCACCACCUCUUUCUAAGGCAUUUAUUGCGUUAGCAAGGGAGGAGUGGAAUAAUAUACCCGAUGAUGUAGUUCUUAGAUGUGUUACUAGUAUGCCAGAUCGCAUUCAGGCCUGCAUUGAUGCAGAAGGAGGACAUACCAAGUACUGA